AUGGUGCACGCGCUUGAGCUCAAGAUUCUUCAGCUCUCCGAGCACCCGCAAACGGCAUUAAUUGCUUUGGAAAUGGUUGCAACUGGAAAUCUUCACGAUGACAACAAGAAAGCUGUACUUUUGAAUUGCUUGACCUUGGUGCAAGAGCUGAUUCACAAUCCGUCAUUCUGUGCGACGAGCGAGCUUGGACUAAAGGCUUUUCCGACUAUUGCGAGAAUUAAGGUCCGGGUGGCUUCUCGGAGUACGAGCUGUGGCGCAAGAAUUUUUACAACGCAAAGGGUUUCGGAUUCUUCACUU